AUGAAGAGACUCACCACCUCAGAUUCUUCAUCUCCUCUCAUCACAAUCUCUCCCUCAACAGAAGAACAUAGUCCGAGGAACAAACAUGUGUAUGGUAUGGAGUUUCAAUCCAUGAUGUUGGAUGGAUUUGAAGAGGAAGUUUGUGUUGAAGAAGCGGGUCAUCAUUCAGAGAAGAAACGACGACUGAGAGUGGAUCAAGUGAAGGCUUUAGAGAAAAACUUUGAAGUUGAAAACAAGCUUGAACCUGAAAGGAAGGAGAAGCUUGCCAUAGAACUUGGGUUGCAGCCCAGACAAGUUGCUGUUUGGUUUCAAAACCGGCGGGCAAGAUGGAAGACAAAACAGUUGGAACGAGAUUAUGGUGUUCUUAAAGCUAAUUACGAUGCUCUUAAGCUCAAGUUAGAUGCAAUUACACAAGACAACAAAGCUUUUCAUAAGGAGAUUAAGGAAUUAAAAUUGAAGCUGGAAGAAGAAGAAAAAAGUGCAAGCAGUGUUUUGGUGAAGGAGGAGAUGAUAACAAUGCCUGAAUCUGAUGAAACCAAGCAUAACCCGUCUUCGGAAUCAUCGAUUCCUAGUUUAGAAUCUAAGGAUCAUUUGAAUUAUGACAGCAUGAUCAACAACAACAAUGAGUUUGGUGUUGGAGAAGCUUCUUCACUCUUUCCAGCGGACUUAAGAGAUGGUUCAUCUGACAGUGAUUCUAGCACAAUUUCUUCAUCUGGAGGAAUUCUUCAAAGUCAUCUUUUGUUGUCUCCUGAUUCUUCCUCCAUGAAUUGCUUCCAAUACCAGAAAUCUUAUCAUGUGAAAAUGGAGGAACACAAUUUCUUAAGUGCAGAUGAGGCGUGCAAUUUUUUUUCAGACGACCAAGCACCAACGUUACAAUGGUACUGUCCAGAUCAAUGGAGUUGA